AUUAACUAAAUACACCUUGCGAAAAGAAAUCCUUAGGUGAAACGUUGACUUCCCCCGCACAUGAAAACUACAUAGACGAUGGAGGCGAAAAAAAGGGGCAAUACCCUUGAGCAUCGUCGUGUACAGAAUCGCUUGGCUCAACGAAGGUUCCGUCAACGGCGGAGCCAGCCAAAGGCCACCUCAGACCAACCACCCAAACAAAGCUUAGAAACACCCAUCUCGGCGACCGAUGGCCCACCUGACAUUUUCAAGUUCUCGACUGGAACCUGGCCGAUACACCCGAGCCCUGUUAAAUCCCCGGGGCCCCUCGGGUUUGGCGUCAACUGUCUACAAGGCGGCGCCAAUGGACUGAUCGGCAUCCAAAAUUUCAUAAACAUGGACGAUUUGAGGGACUCGAGUCUAGCAGAUCUCCUUGCAGGUCCGUCACAGGGCAUAUUUAACAACUAUUCCGCUGAGAAUGCCCUAUUUGGCAGCGAUCGAGGCUCCAACUCUAAGCAAUCAAGUCCCCUGGCAAGCACAGGCGGAAGCAGCAGCACUCACAGAACUACACCAGAUAAUUUCGACACAAACUUCCCACCCAAAGCGCUAACAAAUAAGUCAACGCCCGCUAGUACUAGUAGCGCCAGCGCAGUCCUUCCGGGGAUAACAAAAGCCGACGACGCAGACUCGGACUGUCUUUCCGCGCUUCAUAUAGCCGCGCAGAAGGGGCACCACAGGAUCAUGCACGUUCUUCUCCAGCAUGAUAUCGACUGCGACGAGAUCGACUUCGAUGGGUUCACGCCCUUAAUCCAUGCGACGAUCGGCGGCCACGAAGACGUUGUCUCGAUGCUGCUUACGCAUGGGGCGCGUAUAGACAAGGUCGAUCACCAGGGCCGCUCGGUGCUACAUUCUGCGGUUACUCAUCGCCGCGAGGCGAUAUUGAAAAUUCUGUUGGAUUAUUGCGUGGGCUACCAGGGGCUAAUUGAUGCUUAUGAUAGUGGCGGGCGCACGCCGCUGCAUAUUGCGGUCGAUAUCGGGUUUGAAGAAGGCGUGCAGGCCCUCUUACAGUGUGGAGCUAGUGUACAUUAUAGGACUAGGAAGGCGGUUGUUCCAUAG